GUGAUAGUGGAAAACUCAAGCAAGAUGCCAUAUGUAACUUCGAUUUUUUACAAUGCGCUGUAAGUGGGGCUUCCAUAAGCUACGUAAGAAGUAUGAUCGAGCUCGUUAAAUGCCAUAUCUUGGACUGGGAAACUGAAGUAUUAUCUGCUGUGACAAAACAAGCUGUGGAUAUUUUAAGCCAAGAUCCCACACAGCUUACAACUGAACUGCUCAACUGGCUGAAGCCAUUUUCCGAGCUUGCGGGUUCCAAAUGUAUAAAGAGUCUAGUCACAAACGCACUCAAAUUCUGCAAUCGUUGCAAGCAGCCUAGAUUGAUUCCUACAAAUACAUGGUUGACGCUCAGUUUACCACCUCAAGUAACAGUAUUGACAGUUCCUCAAGCCAUAACCCACAUGGUAACGACACCAGACAGUCAGCAUGUGGUGUGUGCUUCAGACUUGAAAGAAAUCAGCAUGUUCCAUAUACCUUCUAAGAACCACGUUCGGUCCUUUAAAGGUCACAAGGCAUCAAUUACAUCUCUUCAUGUAACAUCUUCCGGUCAAUGGUUAAUAAGUGGAUCUGAAGACACGGAUGUCUUGGUCUGGCACAUGGAUUCUGGCCAAAUAAAGCAUAGAAUGAGCAAUCAUAUCUCAGGAGUACUAUGUGUCACUUCCACCCAUUCCGAAACCUUAGUCUUGAGUGGAUCAGAGAUCGGAGUUGUCAUCGUGGCAAGUCUAGACACCGGGCAAGUAGUCCAACGUCUCGAAAAACAUCGGGGACUUAUCAGUACCAUCGCAGUAAACAGUGGUGAUGAUAUAUUUGCAACUGGCUCCAGUGAUAAGACAGUUUGUGUAUGGAGUCUGGAGGAUUAUACUCUCCUCAACACAAUUGGCUUAACGUCAUCCAUUUCUCGUAUGGACAUCAGUCGGGACAGCACUUUUCUUGUUCUGGCUUGCGAUGAUCAAACACUGCACGUCCGCUCACUAACUACUGGAUCUGAAGUCCAUUGCCUUCAAGGAAUCGGAUCACUAGUGACAGCUGUCUGUUUCGGACAUGAUAAUUGUAGAUGUGUGGUUGGAUGUGCAGACGGGAAGUGUCAUGUGUUUGACAUACAUUCUGCUUCCCUUAUUACAACACUCAGUGGUCACGUAGAUGCUAUUUGUAGCAUACAGGUGCAGCCAAAUGACACGUUUCUAAUUACGGCUGGUGGUAACAAAGUAGUAGUUUGGAAUUUCACGUCACCGAAGCGUGAAACUGUCAGUCAAUCAAAGCCGAAAGUCAAGAGGGUAGACAGUCACCGCGAACCCAUAAUGUGCAUAGCUGUCUCCAGAGAUGGCACUCUUGCCGUAUCAGGCUCUAAGGACAAUCUCCUUAAAAUAUGGAAUUUGACGACUGGAGAAGUCAGUGAAACACUUUCCGGACACUCUGGUCCAGUGACUUGUGUUGCCUUCGCUCCAAAUGGUUUGUUUGUAGUCUCUGGGUCUGAAGACACAACUCUUAAAGUUUUUGGUUUAACUUUGGGUCUCGUAGAAGCAACGUUCCAGGAACACCAAAGCAAAAUUCUGAGCGUAAGUGUCACGCCAGACAGCAGGCGAAUUCUAUCUGCGGACAGUCAAGGAUUCCACAGAUUAUGGACUGCUGAUACUGGAAGCCAGUUGUACUGCUAUACUAAACCUAUAGUUCAAGUUACUGUAAGCGGCAACUUUGUGUUCGCUGUUGGCGGAAAAAACGACAACAUCUUAAAAUUCUGGCCUGUUAUGGAUGUCGAUAACGAAAGAAGUGUCAGUCACAGUGAUUCCAUUUUGUGCUAUACUGUGACUCAUGACUGCGCAACGGUCAUCACUGGUUCCAACGACAUGUCUUUGAAAGUCUGGGAGGUGGCUACAGGAAAAUUAACCCAAGUACUGGCUGGUCACGAAGGAUCAGUCACCUGCGUAGCUGUCGCUCCUUUGAGUCCGUCUUCAGUGGUUUCAGGAUCCUCUGACUGCACUCUCAUCUUCUGGGACAUGCUAACAGGAAACGACAACUUGACUUUCAGAGGACACACAGACUCAAUUAAAUGUGUGGCGCUUACACCAGAUGGCUGCACAGUACUAUCAGGAGCUUCAGACAAUACAAUACAGCUGUGGAACAUCCAAACUGGAGAUCGGAUUAGCAUGCUGGACCUUCAUGCUCAACUUGUGUCAGUUGCUAUCAGUUUUAAUUUAAGUCAAGUGGUUGUGCAACUUGCAAAAAGUUCUUCGGUGCCAAUUUUACGUCUUCAUAACAAUCCUGCAAAAGGUAUCACGCUGGAUAUGCUUCCUGGUCAACAGGAAGAUCUAAAACUCUUUGGUCCGGCGGGUAUACUUCCAAAACGAGUGUUACUACGAGGAAAUCUGAAGCGAGAACAAUCAUUUGACUCACUUUAUUGGGAUUUAAAAUCUGCUUCUCCGAAGCACGACUUUUUGUUGAACUUGGAUGAUGUAAAGCGGCAGCCAUUGCCCUUCUCGUCUUCGAGCAGUGUGUGGGAUGGCACCAAAGGAAGAUUGCCUGGUAGCAUUUUACGUCCAUCCGAUCCUCUCAGCAUGCAACCUAAGCCUAAACUUGCCAAACAUAAACUUUUGAAAAAACAACAGAGUAUGUUUGCUUUUUUUCCUGAGCACAAUCAGCAACAGCAAGGUCUAGCUGCAAGAGACAUGGAAUCAAGGAAGGCAGACCUCUUGGCAAGAAUCCAGUCAGCUAAUCGGCAACUGAAUUCUCCCGCCGAAAAUCCAAAAGAAGCAGAUCCGAGUCAACAAGAGAAAGGAGCUGACGUUAGCGAGUCCACUAUCUGCGCCAUCGCUUGAGUUCAAGUCCAUUCAGUGCAACAUAUUUGGCAUUUUCUUUCAACUUUUCAUUUGAUGACGAUCUUUUAACACACCGGCAUCCAGUGAUAAAAGAGCUAUGAAAAGAGCAUUGUAAAACUUCAAAGUUGUUUAUUGUUUUUACCUCUGCUAAUGGUUAAUGGUUGGUAUAUUUACACUCACUAAAUAUAUGCAACUGAAAGGAGGCUGGGAAAGGGGAAGAAUUAAACUUCACGACCAAACAGACUUAACGCCAGUGGAGUAAUCAGAAAAUUGAGAUGGGCUAAGAUCAUUUUCAGUACGAUAAAAGUCAUAAGCAUAAGUAAUAUGCAAAAAAAUAUAUUCAUUCCAGGUAAGAUUUAAAGUAACCCGAUUCUGUUUUCUUUGAAAGUCUGGUUACACCACUGCUACGGAUUGGUAACCUAUGCACAUUCUUACACUUAAACGUGAACUUAUAUGUUGUGUUACCAGUAGAAUUACAAAUUUUGUAUUUUAUAGCUAUGCAACGUUCUAAAGGUUUCUUUGAAUAAUGUGACAGUCAUGAAGAAGUUAUAAAAACUGUUCCAGUAUAUAGUUUUAAUAGCCUAAUAAUUAAGUCAAGAAUUUUUAUGAAUGAUUUAGUUGUUAUUUUGAAUAUUUGAUUAAUAAUUUGGAUAAAUUCCGAAAACAGGGAAUUUUUUUUAUUUGUGACCAGACCUGAUCGGUGGAUCAAUUCCUGAUCAGCUAGAUGGCAAAAAAUGUAUAGUUUUUAUAAAUAUUCUAAAUUAUUACUUUAAGUAUAUUACACUCAAAACUUUAUAGUUAAAAAGGAGAACUUUGCAACAGAAAAUCAGGAUUGUUCUAAACGUUAGGUCACAUUAUGAUUAAAAGAAGUAGAAGAAAACGCACUAAAUCAAUACAUUAGAAGAAUUUUGGGAAUCUUAAAAUCUAAUUAAUAGUUCUUUCAGCUCUUUUGACCUUAUAAACCAAUUUUAAAUAUUAUAUUGAGUUAGCAAGUUAGCUUAAACUUUUACAAUCUUAAUUAAUACAUCUGCAUGCUUACACAUCAAUUUAGUCAAACUAUACGUAGAUUUCAAGAAUAUGAUAAUUAAAUUAAUAUAGAUUUUUUGCAACGAAAUUUAAGAAUUAAAAACGUAAUAUUCUGGAUCCCAAGGAUGCCAUAAACUGCACAAUCAAAAACAUUCUCAGUCUGUAGUGUCUAUCUGACAACUCAGAUCUGUGGAUUGAAGACCAUGUGCAUAAUGGAUGACACAACGCCACUUUUUAAUUAUUUUGAAUCAGACCAAAUUAUGUCUUUGAAUCUGAUUUAACUACCUUUAAAUACACUGCUUAUAAAUGUGUUAAUAACAAUUAUUUUCAUUGAAAAAGUUUUGAAAAUUUCGAUACAGUAAUAUAGUGCAAUGUUCAUAAGACGUUCCGCGAACUUUUUACAGAGCGUUACGAGUAUAAAAAUUUAACACAAACAUCCGUAACAAAACUGAACUUUCGUGAAUUCUUUUGGGAGAGAAUGGCAAGAGUUUCAUGCGAGGAAAUAACGCAACAGAAGUGAAAUUAGUUAAAACUAUUAAAAUCAACAGUUCAUGCAAAAUAACGAAAUCAAAUUACGAUGUAAAGUUUAAUUACUACUUUGCAAAGACUAGAUUGUUACAGAAACACUCCAAAUAUCCGAACCGAGCUGUAACACAACUUUAACCGGAUGCUUCGAAAGUCCGGAUAAUUGGAUUUUAUUUUGAAUAUUUAUUCAUUGUAAUUCGAGUUUUUCAUAAAUCAUAUUUCACUUUAAUAAAGAUUAUUCAGUUAAUGAAAGAAAUAUUACUUUUUCAAUAAAAUAAGCUACAAAACGCUAUUUUUCCUCAAAAUUUAACAAUGAAAUUAGUUUUAUAUUUAUGUAAAACAAAACAUGUUCGUAUUCAACUAAAAGUACAGUAUUUUUAUUGAGCUGAAAUAAUAGAACUAUAAAAAGAAAAACUGGAGAAAAGGGGAAACUUAUUAUGGAUAAGCAAGAACUCAUGCAGUAAACAAAGAUAUACUCUAUCUAUGCAUAGAUAAACAAAGAUAUACUCUAAGACACAAUAACACGCCGAAUAAAUACUAAUUCAGAAGUCAAACAACAAAAAUCAGCGUUAAUUUGCAAAAUUUUCACAGGACUAGUUUCGAUGGUU